AUGUCCAUUGGCCAUUGUUCUGCUCUGUUGAGCCUUCGGGGGGUGGGAUGGAGGAGGAAAGUGUGGAAGUUUUGUGCUUGUGUUUGGUACACUGUGUCCUAUGAAAAAUAUACUGUAUGUGGGUACACUGUGUCCUAUGAUAAAUAUACUGUAUGUGGGUACACUGUGUCCUAUGAUAAAUAUACUGUAUGUGGGUACACUGUGUCCUAUGAUAAAUAUACUGUAUGUGGGUACACUGUGUCCUAUGAUAAAUAUACUGUAUGUGGGUACACUGUGUCCUAUGAUAAAUAUACUGUAUGUGGGUACACUGUGUCCUAUGAUAAAUAUACUGUAUGUAGGUACACUGUGUCCUAUGAUAAAUAUACUGUAUGUAGGUACACUGUGUCCUAUGAUAAAUAUACUGUAUGUAGGUACACUGUGUCCUAUGAUAAAUAUACUGUAUGUGGGUACACUGUGUCCUAUGAUAAAUAUACUGUAUGUAGGUACACUGUGUCCUAUGAUAAAUAUACUGUAUGUGGGUACACUGUGUCCUAUGAUAAAUAUACUGUAUGUAGGUACACUGUGUCCUAUGAUAAAUAUACUGUAUGUGGGUACACUGUGUCCUAUGAUAAAUAUACUGUAUGUAGGUACACUGUGUCCUAUGAUAAAUAUACUGUAUGUAGGUACACUGUGUCCUAUGAUAAAUAUACUGUAUGUAGGUACACUGUGUCCUAUGAUAAAUAUACUGUAUGUGGGUACACUGUGUCCUAUGAUAAAUAUACUGUAUGUGGGUACACUGUGUCCUAUGAUAAAUAUACUGUAUGUGGGUACACUGUGUCCUAUGAUAAAUAUACUGUAUGUGGGUACACUGUGUCCUAUGAUAAAUAUACUGUAUGUGGGUACACUGUGUCCUAUGAUAAAUAUACUGUAUGUGGGUACACUGUGUCCUAUGAUAAAUAUACUGUAUGUGGGUACACUGUGUCCUAUGAUAAAUAUACUGUAUGUGGGUACACUGUCCUAUGAUAAAUAUACUGUAUGUGGGUACACUGUGUCCUAUG